AUGAAAAACCACUUGUCCAAAUUAUUCCCAAACCCCUGCACAGCUGGCCCUCAGAGGGCGGAGGGGCCAAUUUGGCACGGCCAGGGCCCGGGCGCUGAUACACCAGGCAGCGCCAUAGGUCUCCUCUCGCCCUGUGAGGCCACCGCCUUCCCUGCCAGGCCAACUUGGGCUCCCAGCCAGAGCAACCGUGCCCGGAGGCCACCCCAAGCCGCAGCUGGCGACCGCUGGCACAAGCGCUGGGUGACCGAGGCAGGGCUUGGCCCCGCGGCUCGUCGCCGCUGGAGAGCUUGGCCCCGCCGAGGCCACCCCGCGCGGCAGCUCCAGCGAGCGACCCUCCCCGCGCCCGGGCGGCGCGGCCGGGCGGAGCGCGACUGCCGGGUGAGCAGCUUCCGAGUCAAGGAGAACUUCGACAAGGCUCGUUUCGCCGGGACCUGGUACGCCAUGGCCAAGAAGGACCCCGAAGGUCUCUUUCUGCAGGACAACAUCGUCGCCGAGUUCUCCGUGGACGAGAACGGCCAGAUGAGCGCCACGGCCAAGGGCCGAGUGCGUCUUUUGAAUAACUGGGACGUGUGCGCAGACAUGGUGGGCACCUUCACAGACACCGAGGACUCUGCCAAGUUCAAGAUGAAGUACUGGGGCGUAGCCUCCUUUCUCCAGAAAGGAAACGAUGACCACUGGAUCAUUGACACAGACUACGACACGUUCGCGGUGCAGUACUCCUGCCGCCUCCUGAACCUCGACGGCACCUGUGCUGACAGCUACUCCUUUGUGUUUGCCCGUGAUCCCAACGGCCUGCCCCCAGACGUGCAGAGGAUCGUGAGGCAGCGGCAGGAGGAGCUGUGCCUGAGCCGGCAGUACAGGCUCAUCCCCCACAACGGUUACUGUGAUGGCAAAUCAGAAAGAAACCUUUUGUAGCAACAUCAAGGAUGGAAAGUUUCAUUUGAAGACUUCCGAUUAAUUCUCAUUCCGUCUUCAACUCUAUUUAUCUUAGGAGUUUAAUCUGCACCUCUCUCCCCAGCUGCCCUUAGUAUACAUGAGACCUUCAGUACACGUAAAAAUAUAGGUGGGAAUAAGUUAAUCUGUUUGCAGCCAAAUGUACAUCUUUACUGAAGUUUUCUGAGAGAUCAUUUGAGGCUUAGGAUUCCAGACUUUGAUUUAUUAAAAUAUAGUCACCCGUUUCCUAUGA